AGAGCGGGCAUUUGUGUUCCCUCAAAUGGCGGCGUGAAGAGAGUUCGCCUGAGCUAGAUUCCAGGUUUCACUGAAGAAACGCCUUGGAGAUUCAUUGCACUUCUGAGAUUUAAUGUUUACAACUUGGAGUUGUCGACCUUCUUAUAAGAUACAUUUUGGAAGUCAAAAUGAAAGUUUUCUGUGAAGUUUUAGAACAGUUAUACAAGAAGGUACUUAUUGGAGCCACACUUGAGAAUGACAGCCAUGAUUACAUCUUUUAUCUCAACCCAGCAGUUUCAGAUCAAGAUUGCUUUACAGCCACCUCCUUAGAAUGGGCAAACACCUAUAGUACCCAGGGAAGGCAUCAGCCCAUCUCUGUCGGUGUGGCUUCCAUUGCUGUAGCACCUGCAUGUUUGAAGACCAACUCUCAGAUGAGCAGUUCCAGAGAAGUAAUGCUCCUUCAGUUAACAGUGAUCAAAGUGAUGACAACCCGGAUACUGUCUGUCAAAACUGAGUUCCAUGCAAAGGAGCAAUACAGAGAUGUAAUUAAAAUUCUCUUAGAAUCAGCCAAAGUCGAUUCUCAAUUAAUCUGUAUGUUCCAAAAUUCAGAUAAAUUGUUAUCUCACAUGGCUGCACAGUGCCUUGCAUUGCUUCUAUAUUUCCAAUUGAGAGAAAAGGCUUUGGUAUCAGGAUGAUGAUGGCCUCAUAAAAUGAGUUAGGGAGGAUUCCCUCUUUUUCUAUUGAUUGGAAUAGUUUCAGAAGGAAUGGUACCAGCUCCUCCUUGUACCUCUGGUAGAAUUCGGCUAUGAAUCCGUCUGGUCCUGGACUUUUUUUGGGUGAUAACCUUAAGUAAUUCCUGGAUUGCUUUUUGCCAGAAAAAUCUUUCUGAAUACUCUGAGAGUAAUAAAGCAAUAUACUGCCUCUGGACUCUUACAGCAAUAAUAAAAGAAAUCUUUAAAGAUUCAUGUUCACAAAAAACAGAAAUUCUAAAGCAGUUCCUGACUCAUUUCGACACUAUUUUUGAAGUGCUUUACAAUUCCUUAUUCUCUCAGCAUUUUGAAAACUGCCUGGAUACUUCUAAAAUAGUAAACAUCCUGAUGUGUUUCCUCGAGUUGCUUGAGCUUCUCAUAGCCUCCAGAAUCUACCUGAAGUUACAUUUCACUUGCCAGAGGAUUUUAUUUUUGAAACCAUCUUACAUGCUGGAAGUUAUUACCUGGCCUAUUCAGGCUUUUGUCAAAAGGAAGGUCAUCAUAUUCCUCAAAAGGUGCCUUCUCUGUAAAGUGGGUGAAGACCUCUGUCGUGGAUCUGUGCCUGCCUUAAUGCCGCCAGACCAUCAUGUAGAGGUGGACAUGCUGGCUUUAGCUAAUGCUGUUUUACAAGCUGUGGAUUCAGGGUUGUUGAAGACACUGUCUGUUUAUGAAAAACAUUCCUUUUUUGGAGGUGAUGAAGUUCAACCUGGAUGUGAACAUAUCGCUAGUCCAGAUCAUGUGAUCCUUAGAGCAGCAAGCUUAGUUAUAAUGAAAUCCUUAGAAAUCAAGUUUCAAAAUUGUUCUUCAGCAAGUGAAAUGAAAGUUGACUUACAGAGGUUCAUGUCUGAGUUACUGACCUUCUUAAAGCCUCACCUUCAGCCCUCUCUGCAAUUACACAAUCCGUGCAAAUGGCUGUCUAGGGUUUUCAUAGAACAAGACGAUGACAUGCUGGAGGCUGCCAAGGCAUCACUGGGCAUCUACUUAACACUGACCAGAGGAUGUGAAGCCACUGAAAGCUUGACUCAGGGAAAAGAAAUAUGGGACCAUCACACACAUGAAAAUGGCUAUAAUCCUCACUGUAUUUUCUUGUUCUUCUUAAAAAAUAUAGGAUUUGAUUCUACAGUUCUUCUUGACUUUUUGAUUUCAUCAGAAACCUGUUUUCUUGAAUAUUUUGUGAGAUAUUUAAAAUUACUGCAAAAGGACUGGGAUGAUUUUUUCACCAUUUGCAAUAACUUUGAUGCAACUGAAUCUAAAUAUGACAUAAGUAUUUGUGGCUGUGUCCCCUCACUUGUCCAAGACCAAAGCACCAACCGAACAAUACCCCAUCAUUUGACUGCUCCUCAUGGUCACAGAGAUGUGUGUGCUCGGCACUCCUGGGCUUCCGAUGCUCCGCCUGAACCACUGAAAGCUGUGAUGUCCAAGGGGACUCACACCAUGUGUGCUUCUAGUCUGUCUUCCCCCCGGGCCUCUCAAAGUCUGGUAGAUUACGACAGCUCUGAUGAUUCUGAAGUGGAAUCCGCAGACCAGUGUUUAGCUGACAGUGAACAGACGUCUUUACACCAGCAAGCAACUAAGGAGAUUCAGGAUGCAGCUGGGACAAGCAGGGAUAAAAAAGAAUUUAGCCUUGAGCCUCCAUCAAGGCCUCUGGUUCCGAAAGAAUUUGAUACUGCCUUCUCCUUUGAUUGUGAAGUAGCCCCAGAUGAUGUCAUCUCUGAAGUGGGAAUAUUUUACAGAAUAGUAAAAUGCUUCCGGGAGCUACAAGGUGCCAUCUGCCGUUUGCAAAAGAAAAAUCUUUUCCCAUAUAAUCCAACUGCACUUUUGAGGUUGUUAAAAUACAUAGAGGUGAUAAGUAAUAAAACUAUGAACACUUUGUAAAACAUUG